AUGCUAUCUCUACUUUAAGAGCCUGAAAGAUUGAAAACAGAUCCCAGUGAUUUUAAUCUCAGAUGGGAUGAUACAACUUUGUUUUCGCAUAAAAAUAAACUCAAACAUUAGACUAAUCUUCUUGAAAUAGUCAGAAAUGUACCUUCUAAAAUAGUUCUAAAUCAAAAUCCAUAAAAUUUGUAAGCCUUUAAUGCGAAGUCUCCAGGGAUCAAGAAGCCCUUCCUUGAGUAUGCAACUACAAAUCUGAUUGAUGUAAUUCGGAAAUCAAAGAAAAUAGAGGUAAAAUUGAGUAUAUUGUAUGAGAAAGUAGAAAUAUCAAUGGAAAAAUAUUUGAGCAUUAAGGAAUCCUAAAUGCUGAGCUCUCAGAGGCAGAAACAGCCCAGGAAAUCCUUAUAAGUCUAACACACUCUAGAAGUGGUCCAAACUUCGCACUUAGAGAAGAGUGUAAAUGAAGAAGGCAUGGCAUAAAUUAACUAAUAUACUGUCUUGGAAUCUUUGGGACAAGGGGCCUUUGGAAAAGUGAAAAAAGCAUAAAAUUUUAAAGGCGAAAUCUUAGCAAUUAAAAUAGCAAAUAAAAAAAAGUUAAAAAAGAAACUGCUCUCAAAAUCAAAUGCUUAUACGAUGUUAGAAAGAGAAAUAGCUAUCAUGAAAAAGAUAUCCCACGAAAAUGUUGUUCAAUUAUUUGAGGUCAUUGAUGACCCAAACAAAGAUAAACUCUAUUUGGUAAUGGAAUAUAUGGGCAAAGGAAGUAUCUUAAGCAAAGGGUUCUUUAAAAAAUAGAAAACCACCUCCAACAUACUGGAUGAAAUUGAGGACAAAAAUCCCUUGUCUAAAUUGACAGAAGAGCAAUGUCGCCAUUACUUUUCUGAUUUUAUUAAAGGGUUGUAUUACUUGCAUGAAUGUGUCAAUGUGAUUCAUAGAGAUAUCAAACCAGAAAACCUAUUGGUCAACAUAAAUGAUCAGCUUAAGAUUGCAGAUUUUGGAGUUUCUCAUAUUAUGGAGGAUGGAGGAGAUGGUCGUAUAUCCAAUUAGACAGGUACUCAAGCAUACUUAGCUCCAGAGGUAUUUAAAGGUAGGAAUCGAGUCUAUUAUUUAGGAUAGAAUUUUGAUGGAAAGCCAGUUGAUAUCUGGGCAGGAGGAGUAACUCUGUAUUAGAUGGUCUAUGGAAAACUCCCAUUUACAAGUCAAAAAUCAAUGGAGUUGAGAUAACAAAUAUUGGAGGACAAUCCUCCUUUCUCUUAACCCUAAGGAUUUUCAAAUUCAAUUAUUAAAUUAUUGUAAGGGUUAUUAUAGAAGUCGCCUGAAAAAAGGUUGAAAAUUGAUUAGAUUAUUAUGGAUGAUUGGGUAACUGAUUUCGGCAAGUAGCCAAUAAUUAAUUAAUAUAUUGAAUAUGUUGAUGUCACAGAAAUGGAUAUUAGAUUUGCUUUGACGAGUCUUAAUAUUUAAAUGGCUUUGAAAAUAGUUGUAAAAUUGCUUUAUUAAGCCAAAAAAGCUAGAAGGAAAAUUGCAGAAAGAAAAAAGAUGCAAAAAUGAUCAUAAAAUAAUCUUUUUAUUAGAACAUCAAUUUUA